AUGUCACAAAACCCAUGGAUUAUUCAUGAUUCAUCGAGCCAGAACUACUUUAAAGACCCAAUAGCCAAAAUUGACUUUGCCAUCCUCAAUGGAGCUACCCCAUCAUGGCCACAGCUUGUUAUUAUUAUGGCAAUCGAAUUAAAACUCAACAUAGGUGACAAGAGAGAUGCUUCUGGCAAAAAUCUCCCUGACAAACACCAUAGUGCAAUAGGACAACUCGCAGAUAGGUUUUCACACAUUUUCAAUCAGCAAGAAGAUAGGAAGGAAGUUUUUGGGGCCAUUGCGAGUGACUCGCAGAUUGAAUUGUUGUAUAGGAAGGAUUCGAUCAGCUUGCAAAUGCUGGUAAAGUUGGUAACUGCACCACAAGAAAUAUUGGGUUACAUCCCACCUACUGCAGAACAGCAUAUUAUUGAAUCAUCUAUUCCGAAUUUUACAUUUACAUCAAUCAUUCGGAGGAGGUCCAGUAAUCGAGGAAGUUUCAUUGCUCUUGGCAUUAAUGACAAUGGUGAAAUGGCUAUAGUCAAAUCUUCUACUAAUACUAAUGACAGAGAAUAUUAUAUUAUUCAAGAGCUUGCUUCUUUUAAGAUUGAGUUUAUCCCUAAAGUCUACUUUCAUGGAACGUUUAAAAUGGUCAAAUUAUUCUAG